UAAAUGCGAUAUCUGUUUUUCACGGUCUACAUAUUUCCCCGUGAUACUAGCCUCUCUUUGGUAUUUCGUGGCACAGAAAAAAUUAAAGCAGGCGCUCGGAUGUUACUAAGAUUGUAUGACACAAACAAGGAUUAAUUUAUCAGUUGUUUUAAACCAUACAUCAGAAGAAAUAGUCAACUUCUAGAAGAUAUGUUUGUAGCUCGGAGCAUAGCUGCGGAUCACAAAGAUUUGAUCCAUGAUGUGUCUUAUGAUUUUCACGGCAGGAGAAUGGCGACCUGCUCCAGCGAUCAGAGUGUCAAGGUCUGGGACAAAAGUGAAAAUGGCGAGUGGCACUGCACAGCAAGCUGGAAGACACACAGUGGGUCAGUAUGGAGAGUGACAUGGGCCCAUCCGGAGUUUGGCCAGGUCUUGGCCUCCUGCUCUUUUGACAGGACGGCAGCCGUGUGGGAGGAAAUUGUAGGGGAAUCCAACGAUAAGCAGCGUGGACAGAGCCACUGGAUAAAAAGGACCACUCUUGUUGACAGUAGGACGUCUGUAACGGAUGUGAAGUUUGCUCCUAAACACAUGGGGCUGAUGUUAACAACGUGCUCAGCUGAUGGUGUUGUAAGAAUAUAUGAGGCACCAGAUGUAAUGAACCUUAGUCAGUGGUCACUGCAGCAUGAAAUUUCUUGUAAGCUGAGCUGCAGUUGUAUUUCCUGGAACCCCUCCAGCUCCCGUACUCAUUCUCCAAUGAUCGCUGUUGGCAGCGAUGACAAUGUUAAUGUUGGUGGCAAGGUGCAGAUCUACGAAUACAAUGAAAACACAAGGAAGUAUGGAAAGGCUGAGACUCUUGCUACAGUCACAGAUCCAGUUCAUGACAUCGCAUUUGCACCAAACCUGGGGAGGUCCUUCCAUGUACUAGCUGUAGCAACAAAAGACGUUCGUAUUUUCAAAUUGCUACCUCUUCGGAAAGAGCUGAGUUCUUCAUCAGGGCCAACCAAGUUUGAAAUCCAGACAGUGGCUCAGUUUGAAAACCACAACUCCCAGGUGUGGCGUGUGAGCUGGAACAUUACCAGUACCCUGCUGGCUUCCUCGGGGGAUGAUGGCUGUGUACGCCUGUGGAAAGCUAAUUAUAUGGAUAACUGGAAGUGCACUGGCAUAUUGAAGGGGGAUGGAAGUCCUGUGAAUGGCACAUCAAACCAGAUCUUUAACUCCCCCCUAGGAUCUGCCAAUCAGACCAUACAGAAUUCACUGAAUGGAGCCUCUGCUGGCAGGUAUUUCUUUCCCCCUCUGGACCCCCCUCGGGCUGGAUCGAGAUGGUCCAGUUAUGCCCAGCUUCUUCCUCCUCCCACUCUGAUAGAGCAAACUUGUGAUGCUGACUCUGUCAACUCCCAGCUUCCUCACCCUCGCAGACGCUAUACCACUCAACCUGAGAAUGAAUGGGUUUAAAGAACUAUUUAAAAACACAACUCUAAGGCCUUGCAUAUUGAACACUCACAAAUGUCUCCAUUUAUUCUUAUUUUAGAUUUGAAUGUUUUCUUGCCUUUCUGAAGAAGAUUAUUUUGUGGAACUGUUUUUUUUUUGUUUGUUUUGUUUUCAUAUUUCUCAGUUUGCAUACAAAUUACUGUUUUAUGGUUCCCACUAAAUAUAUAUUUUAUAGUAUCAUCUGUUAUGAUGACAUUGUAGAAGAAACUUAAGGCUGUCUCUGAAGUGCCUGUAAUCAAAUCAUUUGAUGUUUAUUUCUACCAAUUUAAGUACUAUUAAUGUAAACAUGUUGGCUUAAGCGUAAUAUCUAGUAACAUAUCAAACAAUUUGGUAACACUGGUAUUCUGUGUCUUGUUAAACUGAAAGCUGAUUGUUAACAGGUCUUUCAGUUUUCUGAAGUGCCAUUCUUGUGUAUUGAAGUAUACAUUUGAACUCUGAUAUAUAAUCACUAGUUCAGGAAGCAUACAAAACAUAUAAUUUAAAACAAUUAAUUGUUAAAAAAAAUAAUAAUAAAUAACCUUAUUGCUUUGGCAUUUGUUUCUCCAAAACAUUCCAAAGUAACUUUUAUAAUGUUACUUUUAUGGAAAGGUAGGCGGCAGAAGAAUUAUUUCUCAAUAUUGGCAUUGUGUUAUAGAACCUGAAAGUAGAACUUACCCUUCUAACACAGGUGCUUUUAUCUAGCUCCAACCUUACUGUAUAUACAUUGUAUUUUAGAGAGUGCAUCUUGGUAUGAAUAUAAAAUCAGUUAUAUUUUUCUUAACUAAUGUAUUAUUCUUGUUGCUUAGAUUCACUUUGUAUCAUUUUCUGUUUCACUUCUAACAUGCUGAUGACUUUCUAAAUCUCCCCUGUGGCCUCAACAGUGUCCAAUCAAAACUGAAAUCCUGCCCAGACUGGAUAGAAGAAAAAAAUGCAUGAAACAACAGUGUUCUAAAAAGCCUUCAGGAAGGUGAUCUACAAAAUGCACCUAAACAACAACAAUGCAUUAUUUGAGAUUGAGGAAGCUGUGUGAUAUGCGACCACUAGUAUGCAUGUGAUGGUUGCUGUCUCAUUCAUGUGACUGGAAACAUUGUAUUCUAGGGUUUUGUUUCUUAAGUAUUAGGCAGGUCACUGGUUGCUCCAAUUUAUAUAUUUGACAGUUGUAAGUCCCAUUUAAAAAUGUCCACAUGAUUAAUAAAGCUGGUGAAAAUGUCUUGCA